AAUAUUCGAAAUGGAAUUUAAACUACUUUAAUAUAAUUUAAAUUAUUGAAAAUAUCUGUUUGCAGUAGCCGAAUAGCAACAAGGCCUUCCCAAACAACGUGAGAGCAAUAUUUAUAGUCAAGUCUAAAACGGGGAUAUUUACUUAAAAAAGUUCGUUCACAUAUGACAUGCAUAAUUAAUAUGCCUAAUUUCAACUCAGUUGACUGAUUCAUCGGAAAUUUGGUUCUCUAGAGGAAAAGCUGAGCAAGUCUCUUGUACAUCGACAUCGACAUCGACAUCGACAUGGUACGUGUUCAGACACACCAAAAUGUUUCCCAAUUGAUAAGUUAAUCAUCAGAUUGAUAAGAAAACUAACUGAAAUAUUAAAGAUGACGACGAGCACAUGAAUGGCCCACGCAGCUCCAGACACAGACUCAGACUCAGGGCCAGACCCAGACCUAGACAGAAUUUAUAAAUCCAUCGAGCAGUCGACGCUGAAAGUGCAGACACAAAAAAAUGGUCAAUGCGUGCGGAGCUAGAAUUGACAAAUGAAAAUGGAACUGGCAACUGGCAACUGGGAGUUGGAACUGUUGGAGCCAGCUUAUGGCUAUGGCUAUCAGCUCAGCCGGCGAGUGCUCCGAGAAAUGCAUGAAAUUCUUUUACGGAAGCGCUUGUGAUUGUGACUUUGAUUGUGACUGUGAUUGUGGCUGUGGCUGUGUUGAUUGAAGCAUAGCUAAUAUGUAUAUGCUCUUGGUAUCAGAGCAAAUGGGAAGCGUUGGCGUCGCCAGCAACAACGCCAACAACAUCCCCUUGCCCCUUGCCCCCGUCCAUCGAGCGCAGCGUUUGGCACGUGCCGGGCGCAACGCUUCCGCGACCCAUUUGCAUAGCGCUUGUAAUGCUGGCAAAUAGCUCGCGGCCAGCGAAAACGUAUUUAAGAGCUAUUCAGCAAAUUGACUUAAAGAAGUUGCACGCGACCAACCAGUGGAAAACGAGCGCAAUCCGAGCCAUCGACAACUAAAUCCAUAAAUACUGCUGAAAGAUGAUUGUGCGACUCAAUUCGAUAUUUGCGCUGCUGGCGCUGAUCGCCGCCUUUGCGCUGACCCACGCCCACUUUCCCGAGUAUUGCGCCGAGUGCGAGCAGGAGAUCUGGGAGCAGGUGCCGUGCAGUGAGCUAAGCACCACGACCAUUUUGCCGCCCACAACAACUGCCAACUCCACACCACGGCCGAUUAGCAGCACCACGCCGGCGCCAACGACAGCGAGACCCACUGUGCCCUCCACAUUGCCCUGGACCACAACCCGGCCGCCCAUCUUUAGCACGCCACCGACGCCGUCCACGUACAAGAAGUGCUACUGUGAGUGCAAGCUGGGCUGCAAGGAGUUCUGCCGCAAGGUGUCCGUGGCCAGUCCCAAGCAGCAAAUCACACAGAUCUCAUCCACGGGCGACUAUGCGCCCGGUGGCCAAAUCGAGUAUACGCAUUCGCACCAGCGCAAAUACUAUCCCAAGUAUGCGGCGGCCAGCAACAGCUACAAGCCCUAUCCCGUGGUGUACAGUGAAGCGGCGGCAGCGGAGGCGGCAUCUGCGCCAGCGGCGAACAACAUCAAUGCGCCCAACUACACGCUGGAGGAGCUGGCGCAUCUGCUGAGCACGGCCUACGGCACCAAGAAGGGCUAUCCGGCCAGCCCGCCACCGCCGCCACCGCAGCUACAGCCACAGCCAUCGGCUUACUACUCGCCGCAGCCUUUGGUGGCCCGUCUCCAGCCCGAGUACAGGCAGGUGAUCAACAAGGCGGCCGCGCAGGUGCCCAGGGAGCGGGUGAUAAUCCGAACAGCGGCCGCAGCUGUCUCAUCUUCGGGACGUGCCGUGGCCAAGGCCAAGACGCCAUAUGGCGAGGUGGUGGCCACAUCGGCGCCCAUCUAUGAGAGCACCACAUCGUAUCCGAUGCCGCCACCCGAGACGCCCAAAUCGUAUCCAGCGCCCGAGCCUGAGCCCGAGCCCGAGCCCGAGCCUGUGCCCGUGCCACUGCCCAUGCCCCAAACCGAGGCAUAUCCCACGCAGACGGAGGCGUAUCCGGACAAGUCGUACGAGACACCCGAGUCGAAUUCAAUUAAGCCAGAGUCCGCGUCGUCCUUCGACCUGGCCAUCGAUAACUAUCUCAAGGAUUUCGGCUAUGACAACCAAGUCAGAGACUUGGGCUACUAAUCCUCCGAAAAAGUUCUCACUUGUUAUUAAUUGUUGUUAGGUUUAGAGCUAUGCCUAGAUAUAUGUAUGCGCACGUAUACAUAUGUAUU